AUGGAGGACAGUGUGGCUUACAGUGACAAAGUGCAUGUGGAGAGUUGUCAUGCACUGCGCGCUCAUGUGGGGAGUCUCCAAGCAGAGGUGGAGGACCGUUUGGAAGAGGUGUGGUUAUUCCAUGAUGAUCUUGGUGGACGUGUUGGGAAAACCGAGCAAUAUCUUUCAAGGCCCUUUCACCUUGAACCAUCUCAAGCUUAUGGUGAGCCGACGACCUCCGAACCACAAAGCCCACUGCGCAUCCCCGUCUUCCAAGACCACGGCCCGACGUCUCAGCCCUCGGAAUCUUUUGAACCUCGGACGCCCGAUGCCUCCGGUCGGAACGCUCAGAAGCAGGGAAAUCAUGAGUUCUGA